AUGAUCGCCAUUAACGAAAUCCCUUUUCGACAUGCUACUCCAAACCCAAAACCCAUCUCAUCAGUUCCAAGAUUUUCUUGUCAAGUGGUGGAUUUCAAUUUAAGAUUUACUCCAAAGCGAAGAAAGAAAAAGGGUUUUAGACUGUUGUGGGUGGAUGAGAGUGGAAGAAUGGAUUUGAUAAGAAAAUUGAGCAGAGGGUGCUUAGGGCACAAUUCAAAGAAGGAUAAAAAUGUGGAAGCAGAGUCUGUUAAUGGCGGUGUAGACGUUUUUGACGACGCUGCCACCGCCGCCGGGUCUAAGAUGCAGCCAGACCAUCUUGUCAUCAUGGUAAAUGGCAUCAUUGGCAGUGCUGCAGAUUGGAGAUAUGCUGCUGACCAGUUUGUGAAGCAGCUUCCUGAUAAACUAAUUGUUCAUCGUAGCGAGUGCAAUCCUUCAAGAUUGACUUUUGAUGGUGUUGAUCUGAUGGGUGAGAGGCUAGCUGAAGAGGUGAAAGAUGUUGUCAGACGUUGGCAUGGGGUCCAAAAAAUUUCGUUUGUGGCUCAUUCCUUGGGUGGACUUGUUGCAAGGUAUGCCAUUGGCAGGUUAUAUGAAUGUCCUAUGAGAAUGAGAUCUGCAAGUGAUCCUGAAAACUUUGUAAGAGAGGGAGCUAUCAUUGACGGGCAACGCCUUGACCAGUUUUAUGAAGCGGGGAUUGCUGGACUAGAACCCAUGAACUUCAUAACUUUUGCAACCCCACAUUUGGGUUCAAGAGGGCAUAAACAGCUCCCUCUCCUUUGUGGUCUUCCUUUUCUGGAGAAAAGGGCAUCACUAACUGCACACUGGAUAGCUGGGAGAUCUGGAAAGCAUUUGUUCCUCACUGACAAUGAUGAUGGGAGACCUCCACUUCUACUUCGAAUGGUCAAUGAUGGAGAUGACCUUCAUUUCAUGUCAGCUUUACGUUCCUUUAAGCGACGCGUGGCAUAUGCCAAUGCAAACUAUGAUCAUGUGGUUGGGUGGAGAACUUCAUCGAUCCGCCGCCAAGAUGAACUUCCAAAGGAGAAUCUUCUUUUGAAUGAUAUGAAGUAUCCUCAUAUUGCACACAUUGAAAAAAGAAAUUAUGGAGACGAUGCUAGCAAAAUGUCCUCCUCUGUUGGAACGCAAGUCAUUAACUUGGAAGAGGAGAUGAUUAGAGGCCUCAAUCAAGUUUCUUGGGAACGCGUCGAUGUUAGCUUUCAUAAAAGCAGACAACGAUAUGUUGCUCAUAAUACUAUUCAGGUUAAGAGCUACUGGUUGAAUUCUGAUGAAAUUACAUCCUCCAUUAACAUCCAUAUAUUCCCAAAAUCAACCCUCAAAUCACCCCGUCCUCGUAGGCAGGCCCUCGCCGUUUCAUCCGGAAGGAUUAAGAGGGUUCUGCUGUUUGUUUAG